CAGCUAUAAUGUCGAUUACCGUUUUCCCCAUACAAACCUUUAUAAAUUCAAACCGUUGUAACACAACACCACCACAUACUGCAAGGCGAAGGUCACGUUUCGUGUAACCAAACUCGGUCGUUAUGUAAUAUAGUAGAUGUCGGCGGUAACCGUGUCACGUUUCGCGCGCUGAACAUUCGCAUAAAGAUUAAAAAAAAAAAACACUCCUCGCAUUGUGAGCUUGGGCCGCCUGUGUCCCGUCCCCUAGUAAAAUAACCUCAGGGGACACGGUCACAACGCAUUUUCAUUGGAGGAAACAACAACACAUACAAUUGGUCAAAAGGUGUCGACAUGUCUGCCACGCAGGACGAAAGUGCAACGCAACGUAACAUCCGAUGUACCCAUACAUGACGUACCUACCCAAUUUAUUUCCAAAUGGCGUCCAGGAAGGUUGAUGCAAGGUUACGUCUGGUAAAAAAUCAGAGAGAGAUGAAAAAGAAAAUUGAAUCUCCGUUGGCAAAAUACAAUAGUUCUGGGCAGCUUUUUUGUGUGCUGUGUAACAUACCUAUAAAGAGUGCAAUUCUGUGGACUUCACACGUGCUUGGGAAGAAGCAUAAAGAGAACUUGGCAAACUUUAAAGGGAAAUCCAGUAAAGAUCAGUCAGUCACAGAGGUUGAACCAAAUACAGAUAUAUCACAGAAAAAAAUAAAAGAUGUUACUGGACCUCAAGAUCUUCUUAAGAUGAAUAAAUGCACUUCUGGCUCUCAGGAUUCUAUUCUUUAGAUCUUUCAUGCCUCCUUCCUUACAGACCGUUGAACCCAAGUGUUUUGGGUCUUGAGAAGAGGCAAAAUUGUUGAUCUCCUAGGCUCAAUUUCUGCUGCUCUCUUCAAUCUGGUCUCAUACCUCCCUGAGAAGAGAUGGUUGGACAUGUGAACUGCCAAGCAUGUCACGUCAUGUAAAUAGGCCAUUUCUGAAUUACCUUGUGCCUCUGUUUCAAAAUGAGUUCUCAUGCAAGACCUUUCCUAUGAAAAUGAGUUUGAUUUGUGUGGAAAAUGAACCUCUGAGCAGAACACAUUUUCAUAUGAAUGGUUUCACACAUAGACUCGUUUUGACACAGAGGCAAAGGGCAACUCGGAAAUGGCCCAGUCAUCUUGGUUUGUUAAUUGAGUUUUCUUUGGCUCAUUUAAAAAUUUAAUUUUGUCUGGCAUCUCUGGUGUCCGUGUAUGCAUCAAUUUUACUGAGAGUUUUAUCUCUUGAGCUCUAUGUUUAGGUUUUUCCCUCUCUUUGUCAAGUUUUCAGCCUGGAUAUAAGCCAAAUUAGCUCCAGUCUACUCAAAAGGGCAUUUGCAAUAAGACAGCAUGCCUUUCUUUCCACUAGCAUUUCAUUUUAUGACAUUUUUGCUCAAGCAUGUGCAGAAAUCAAAAUUUCCAGAUUUUGGAGGAGAAAGUGACCUAUGUCUUUAGGCUUUUCGCUCUUUUUCCCUUUCAUUUUUCUCCUUUUCUUAUCUUUUCCCUCCAGUGGUUGACCUUCUUCUAGGCUUGUUUUCAGUUCAAGAAUUUCCCAGAAAGUAUCAGUGAGACAGAAUUCUUACCAUAGAGUAGCAAAGUGUAGCUGAGGGAAAUUUUGCCACAAGUUUUUCUCUCAAAUUUCUAAGCAUUUUUGGUCAUACUUCAGGCUCAAUUUAUUGACCCAGUCACUGGGUACCGAGUCUGGGUAUCAUUGGAAAGAUCGUUUCCUCCUGCAUAACUUGAGUAUAAGUGGUGCUAAUUUUGGUCAAAGGUGAUGAUGUCAGAAGGGGAACAAAACCCAACGUUCACCUCACAGCUUGUUAUUGCCAGCACAGGCAUCAAUGUAUGGUUGCCAGAUUGUUGCAAUAUUUAUUAUGUGUCAUAUUUGUGUUCAGUAAACUCAUUUUACAUUCAUUGAUUCAUAUUUUUGUUUACUAAAACUUGUUUUAUAUUCAGUGAUUUUUAGUGGAGCUCUGGCAGCCCUCCGAAGUGCUGCCAAGCGGAGCCCCAUACUCAUAUAAGAAAGAAAAGGAAACCCAUGAAUUCAAUCAAUCAAUAAUUUCUUUUGACACAUUCCAUUGAGGAGCUAAGAAAUCAUUCAAAAUACAAACAUAUAAAUUGAGGAAUUGAAUUUCUUAUGGUUUUCAUGGCUAUCGGUAUUGCUCGUGGGCGCUUAUGCAUGCCAGCAAUGACGACAAUGGAGUUGCGCAAGAUGGCGGCCAUACUCCAGCUAACUGGUUGAGAGACAUUCAGCCUUGGUUUAUAGUGUCC